AUGACCCGGGUCUCUCUGAAUCUCCAGACUCUCCAAAGCCUCCCCUCUGUGUCCGUGAGUCCCUCUGAGAUAGAGGAGGGCAGUUCAGUGACUCUGACCUGUAGCAGUGAUGCUAACCCAGCAGCUAACUACACCUGGUACAAGGAGGAUGAAGACUCUCCAAAAGCUUCAGGACAGAUCUUCACCAUCACUGACUUCAGAGCUGAACACAGUGGGAGUUAUUCCUGUGGAGCCCAGAACAAGUUAGGGCGUAGUAACUCCACCUUUCAUUUGAGUGUUGGAACAGGAUCAUGGAAGCUACCAGCUGCUGUAUCAAUCUCUGUUGUUCUCCUGGCUGUCAUUUCUCUCUCUGUCUUCCUGUGGAUCAGAAGAAAGAGGGCUUCUAGAGACUCCUCUGAGCCUGAAGAGAGAGCGGACAACAGGGAGGAGUCGGAGCAGCAGGAUGACCUUCAGUAUGCCAGCGUUCACUCAUCCAACAACCGGGCAGACCCUCUUUACUCCAACAUGAGAGAAGCUCAGCCCCUCAGACACACGGAGCAACAGGAAGUCCCGGAGUACGCUGCCGUCAAGUUCAGCAGUGCUGCCCCGAGGAUCAGAGGUCAGGACCCUGAAGAGGAUCCAGCUGCAUUGUAUAGCACGGUCAACAAAUCCAGAUAAACACAGCAGGCGUUGCUUUUCUUAUAUUUUCGUAAUUCU